AUGUUGGCUAGGGUUGUGGACAAGAACAAACAGUUGGGAAAGUUUAAAGAUACCGUCUGCUCUAGGAUUAGAAAGAAGGUUGAGAAGGGUAAGGAGUUAGCUAAGAUGUGGAUGACAAGACCCUCACUUCAAGACAGGUUUGAAGUAUCUCAUGCGGACGAGGGUUAUGUUGUGUCUUUGAAAGAAUUUUCUUGCACUUGUGGGUAUUGGGGCUUGAUUGGGGUCCCAUGUGAGCAUGUUGUCUCGGCUUUGGCUUGGAAGAGGCUAGACCCCAACCUAUUUGUGCAUAAGUUCUACAUUGUUUCUGAGUACAAGAAAACAUAUAGAAGGGGGCUGCCUACCUUGGAUGGUCGACAGACAUGGCCCAUGGUGGAGGGGUAUCCAAUGUAUCCUCCAAAGGUUCGGAUUAUGCCGGGGUGUCCGAAGAAGAAUCGCUGGAAGGAGGCGGGCAAGCUUGAGACUCGGCCCCAUGAAGGAGGAUAA